AUUGUAGCAAACAAUAUCGUGUUGUACAACAUGAGAUGAAAUUCCUAUUCAGUUGCAAACGAGCUGGUGAUGAUUCAUCUAUCUAAAAGUGGAAGACUUUUUUCUUCCUGUUGUUGCAUUUUCGUUACAUCCACUCAAGCAAUAUACGACCGCCUUUCCUUCUUAUAUUAUUAGAUAUGUCUUUUGCUUGAAUGUUCCAACCCCCAGUAAAACAACUUCAAUCAUCGUUGCGCAACGUUUUUACGAACGCCCAAGAAUACUUCGCAGACGUUUAUAUAGAAUAUACAACCGAAAAAGCGAAUCAGCCAAGAAAAACAAUAUGGGCACAUAAAGCCAUGUUGUUGGUAAGAGUACCAACAAUUUUUCAAAAGCAAUAUAUGCCCGAACUUCAAGAAAAGCAUGGCCUCAGAAAUGAUAUGAAGCCAUCAAUGACUCAACUGAAUGCUAUAACCUGUAUAAUACCAUAUCAAUUAUGCAAAGCUUUAUUUCUGUAUUGGUACACCGGAGAUAUGCUAUCUGAAGAGGUCGAAAGAGAGCUGUUAGUAUUAGAAAAAGCACUUAAUACAGAUCUCGGAAUAAACACUACUGAUCAAAGAAAGGAACAAUUGGAAUAUGGAUUACAACGGUUAUUGGAUGAAGCAAUUCUAACGGAUGCUAACAUCAGCAUACAUGAUUCACAGUUACAACAAUCGGACAAUAAUAAUAUUUUUGCCAUCCAUCGCUUUAUGCUAGCCGGUCAAGCUAAAUAUUUCUACUCUGUGUUUUGUAGCAAUUUUAGUAAAACAGCAACUUCCACCUUCUAUCUACCUGCAGAUAUCUUCUCCGAAGCCCUUUUGAAGAUUAUCAUUACCUAUUUUUAUACAGAAAAGAUUAUUUUACCAAGCCCUCCAGCUACUGUUAUUAUUCAUUCUCAGAGGACGCAGCAACAAUUAAACGAAAAGAAAUAUGAAUUACGAUUGUUACAGAAGGCAUUGUUAGCUGCAGAUUUUUUGAAUUUGCAAGACACGUUGGGCAAAACUCUUCUAUCAAAAAUGGCUAUUAUAUGUCACCAAUUUUGUUGCACAUGCUCUGAAUGUGCAGCCCUCUUACCAUCUAUGCUGUUAUUCUUCGGUGUCAAGCACCAAAAUUACAUGCCUCAACUAAACGAUAAACUGAUACAGUUAUAUUCUGAUCCAGUGGAUUCACUUGCACCCCUAUGGUCACAAAAGCCUUUCGCCAUUCUUAUCUUAUCCUUGGUUAAUCACUCGGUUAGUGAAACAACAACAGCAAAGAUAAAGAUCAACGAGGACAGAAACGAAGAAAGCUCUCUCGAAGAUUUAUCAAGCAUCUUUAUUCGACAAAAAAUCAGUGAUGACAAGCAGGAGGAACUUGUUCAUGAAAUAGAAACACGUACACUGUCCAAUAUCACAAAACAAAAUGCAAUCCGUGCAUUACACUCUUUAUAUCUCUGUCUGUCUCAAUUACGUGGGGCUGAUCCAUUAUCAACAUGGUCUCAGGCAGUUCUCAAAAUGUUGAAUAGUCUCUUACUUUCCACUGUAGUUUUAGUGGCUGAUAAUUUUGACUAUUACUGUGUUGAAUACCCUGUUCUAUUAUCAUGUGUGGACGGCAUUGGUUUUGGAUUUUCAGUUGAUUUUUUAGAAUUCGUUUUAAGUCAUGUUUUGAAAGAGGGUAUUAACGAUAAAAACGCAGUAAUAUUAUAUCAAGGUAUUAUACGCGACCUGGGUGGCAGACAAGAGUUAAUCAAGAAUAUCGCUGUGGAUGGCGUUCUGUGUGAAGCGAGGAGUAAAUGUGUUCAGUAUUUAUCGAAACGUUGGCCGACUAUAAAAGCAGAAGGAGGAUUCAAUCAUAUGGAUAAAGAAAUUUUGAAAAAGAUUGCAGAAGAUAUUGACGUAUCCAUACGUUCCCUUACAAAGCCUGCCGAAAACGACUUUUCAAGCAUUUUCAACUUUAAACCAAAGAAAUUGCUGUCCAGUAGCGUGGAUAAUAGUACAAAACUGCCUUUAAACCCACCAUUACCCAAAGGCGAUGCUUCUCUUCCUUCCUCAACAUCGCACGGGAAAGACAUCGCACGAGGCCCCUUUCCUUCAUUGAAACGCUUAUCAUUAGGUGCCACACCUAAUAGUACAACUACAGCUUCAUGUAGCGAAGAUUUACCGAUAGCUGCAACCAGAGCAAGAUCUUUAUCCGAAUCAACGGUUUUUAGGCCCGAAGAAUCUGUAAUCUUAAAUGAAGAUAUAAAGCCUAAGGUUAAAAAGUCAACUGCUCCGGAAAUAGAAGCUCCUUGGCUCGCAGAUCCUCACAAUAAAAACAGACAGGGUUCCAUCAGCUCCUUGUCUGAUGCACUACUACCAUUAGAAGGUACUAGUGGCACCAUUGGUGAUACUGUAGGUAAAGCACCUAGAGCAACUAAGCUAAGGUUUGCAUUACCAGAUACACCAACAAGAAUUAAAGCAAGUCAGUAUGGUACCAGUAGUCAACUACGAAAGCAAAAUAGCGACAGCAGUAGCAAAUACAAAAAUAAGAAUAAGAAAAAGAGAGCUAAAUCACCUAGCAAUGGUAGAUGGAGCCUGGUUGGCGGCUAUAGUUCUGGUACAACGAGUGAUAGUAGUGAUGAUGAAGUUAGUAAUCCAAAACCUGCUAUUGGACAAAAAGUAGAGUUAUUGAGAAGACCUUUGCCUACAUUGGGAACGAUCAAAUAUAUCGGGCCCGUUGAUUUUGCUAAAGGUAUCUGGGUUGGAGUUGAACUUGAGUCGAGAGUGGGUAAUAAUGAUGGUUCAAUAGAAGGAAAACGCUACUUUCAAACGUUUCCGCAAAGAGGUGUUUUUGUUAAAAUUGAUGACUUCAAAGUAAUAUCAAACAACCAUCGCAUAGCUGACAAAAAAUGAUACUAUAUGAGGUAGUUACGAUUUAUAAUUUAUGAUGAUGUGAAUUUGUUCGUAUGUGUUUGUCCGUGCUGUAUAGAUACCCCAACUGCAUUGCUUUCUCCCUUCCCAGUUUGCAGUAAUUAUUGAACUUCAUUCAUGCCAUGGAAAAUAAUUUUAUGACUGUUUUA